CUCCAAUUCACAAGCUUCGGGCCAAAGAUAGAGCGAGAUCAAUUCCUUGCACCAAAACUGAGACAAGCACGACAAGGUUCAUCGUUGCGUCAAUCAUCAGGGCAACCUCCUCCUCGAACGCGCCCAACACACGCGACCAGCACCUUGACGGCGAUACGAGCUCACAGUUACUUCCAUUGGAAAUGGCUUCAGACAAGCAAGCUCCUGCUGGAGCAGCAGCAACAAACCAACCUCAAGGAUCCGCAUUCUCCCUCCCGCUCCUCUACCGCCUCUUCUUCCUCCUCAUCGAACCUCUCUCCGCCCUGCUCGGCGCAUAUUACGCCUACUUCGACAAGAAGGCCUACCUAGAGCUCACGCAUGCCGCCUCGGCUCCUGAGACGAUUCCGCUGGGGACGUCCAUCGUGCUCUCCCAACUCGCCAACCUGUAUUUCUUCUUCGCCAUCAACGAAGCCCUCGUGCUGCGGUCAACCUCGGACAUCCGCGUCUGGAAGACCGUGCUCUUCUGUCUGUUGAUUGGCGACAUCGGACAUCUCUACACGGUUCGCGAGUUGGGAUUGAACAUCUACUGGAGUCCGUCAACGUGGAAUGCGAUCGACUGGGGCAACAUCCCGUUUGUCUAUCUUGGCGCGUCGAUGAGGAUUGCGUUUCUCGCCGAUAUGGGCUUGUAUAAGUCGGGGAAGAGGUUGCAGAAGAAGAGGACGGCUUGAUCGGCGGGUGAUAGGAAUUGUGGUCAAAUAAAAGGCCAGAUAACGGGCUGAACAACAGCAACAACUGAAGCGAUUCAGAGAUUUUGGGUAUCAAAGAGUCGGAUCGUCAUACAUAUAUGCCACGAACCAAUUUUGAUGAAGCUUCCGUAAGCUUUUAGAGUGCCCUUCUGUUGCUGCCGUGAAAAGGCGCGCCUGUACGACUUCAACGGUCGUCAAGGUCAGCAAGGUCAGCAACAAGGUCAGCAAAAGAGGUUGUUGCUUCGCCGUGCCAUCAGCAACCCCCACGCGACGAUAUGAUUCGUGGAUAAAUAGAGUUACACCCUGAACCCCUAGCUUCCUCUCCCCG